CGCCAUCCCCAUCGACAUCACCCCAAGGCUACCGUCUAUCAUCUUCCCUUGGACUACAUGUCAUCAUCGCUCUCCCCUUGUCUUUGCACCUGUACAUAUCAUACCUGUUCAUCACCCACACCUCCAUCUGCAAACCGAGGGCAACACACUUCGAAUCCUAGACGCCGUCCCGCUUGACCACAGCCCUUUGGCGACACCUCCAUCGAUCCCUUUCCUCCAACCUCUUCUCCAUCCAAGCACCCCCCAUCGCCCUCCCCGCCCGCAUUACAGCAUGUCCAACCCAUUAGACACCGAUGCGGGCUCCGAGCUGUUCAGCACCUACGAAGCCGAACUGAAACUCGUCGAGGCCGAUGUCACUCAAAAGUUGGACCAGAUUGCCGAAGUGACAGGCGAGGAGCGCAAGGUGGCCAUCCGAGGCGCAGAAAGGGCCCUUGAUGAGGCCAAGGAACUGCUAGACCAAAUGAACCUCGAAAAAUCAAACAUCCCCACUUCAUCACGGUCGAAAGUCAACUCCCGCUUUCGCAACCACCAGUCGGACGUUGACGCUCUCUUGCGCAAACUAAAAGCCUUCCGUGACGAGGCGGCCGCAGACCGUAAAGCCCUCUUUGGCGAUCGAUACACCGACGAUCCUGAGUCCGGCUCCCGCGAUGCCCAGUUUGAACAACGACAACAACUUCUAUCUGGCACCGACCGAUUAGGACGAAGCGGUGAAAGAUUGCGGGAAUCCCAGAGGAUUGCUCUCGAGACGGAGCAGAUUGGUGCCAAUACCCUAGCAGAUCUCCACCAGCAAAGAAACGUCAUUGAAAACACGCACCGGAACCUCUUGCAGAGUGAAGGUUAUGUCGACCGUAGUGUCAAGACCUUGAGGGGGAUGGCCCGUAGGAUGGCUACCAAUCGGAUAAUCACCAUUGCCAUCAUCACGGUACUAGUCCUAUUAAUCUUUGGAGUCAUUUAUAGCAAGUUCCAUUGAUGAUCGGCGGGUUGGUGUGAUUGGGUUCGGGGUUUGGUGUUUGAUACCUGGCGUGUGUAGGAUUGUCGAAACUUGGGAACCAUCGCUCUAAAAUCAAGAGCCCAGCGACGGUCUCUUUUUGGGAUGAACGGUACAUCAUAAUACAAUAUAUACAUUGUUUCCCAUA